AUGACUACUGCAUCAGGUGCCGUCGUGGGGCCCCAUGCUGCUGCUAUGAGCUCGACCCCGGUGCUUCCAUCGGUAGGUAGUGGGAUGCCUUACAUAUUGUCAUCGUGUAAUGAGGCUGUGUCAGAAUCACGCCUUCACGAGCUUGCAGCUGAGGAGGAGGAGCGACGAGUGACGCGACAAAAAAAACUAUUCGAGGACCUUCUUGUUUUUGAAGGUGGGGCUGUCGCCGACCACGAGUCACUUGGAACGGAGUUGAUUAUGCGAGACUUCAUUCAUUUUGCCUUGUAUCAUAAGAAAUGGGGAUACUACCCAAAACUGUAUCGCAAAUACCGCCAACUCAUGACCACCGGCUACUUUGACCCCAUUCCGUUUGGUAGCCUGCGCAACCAGCAGGACUAUGAGCGCUACGUGGGGAAGAUUCACGAUUCUACACCCUCAUGUGUCACACCCACCCAACUCUUUCAACCACACUACGGUUGGGUGAUUGCAGAGUACCUGGUAACCAUGAUGAGAGCGAAGUUCGAUCCUCGGGACCCGCUGGUUGUGUACGAUAUUGGGGCGGGCUCAGGGGCACUUGCUGUUAGUGUUCUGGACUACCUGAGCGAGCACUUCCCUUCUGUGUACGAACAGUGUGAGUAUCAUGUGGUGGAAAUAAACCCUCAGCUCGUGCAGGUGCUUCGUAACCGUCUUAUUAUGCACUACCACCAUGUCAAAAUUCACAACAUCUCCAUUUUGAACUGGAGGGAAGUGGAGCGUAGGCGCUGCGUCGUGUUCGGCGUGGAGUUACUCUCUGGUAUGCCGCACGAUUGUGUCGUGCUGAGUGCCGAUGGAGUAUGUAAUGAGCAAUGGUUUCACUUCCAGCAACAUGACAAUCUUUCCACUGCUCACGAGAGGUAUUUUUCAGUGAAGGAUCCGGUCAUACUUCGCUACUUGCGCUAUGCACGCUGGAUGCAGGAGGAGUCGUUUCAUAGCCUCAAGGUACUGUGCCUCACCGGUGGACGUGACAACAUCGAUCCACCUCCCUUUACGAGCAUCGAGCCAAACAUGUACGACCCUCUGCGGGUAGUUAUUACAAAGAUGAUGUGGAUGCACAGCCCGUUCCGCACCUUGUGGCUGCCAACAGUCUCGAUGCUCUUCCUUGAGACCUGUGCAACGUAUUUUCCCCGUCAUCAUCUUUUCCUUGUAGAUUGGGGGUCGGUGCGUCAAGGCCUCCCAGGCGUGAAUGGACCGGUGCUGCAAAGCAAGACGCGUAUUGCCAAGGACAUUUACCUCCGUCGUCCUGCGGAUUCCCUGCAUGGCAACGCAGGAAUGAUCGACAUUUGCUUUCCUACAGAUUUCGACCUUCUUAAGGCGGUGUACCGCAAUAUAUGCGGUGCAUAUAAAGAGGUUUCAAGCAUGUCGCACCCUCAGUUUUGGAAAACAUUCGGGGGUGAUAAAACAUCUAUCUUCACUACGCGAAGUGGGUUUAAUCCCUUGCUCGAGGACUUUGACCCACUGCACGUGUUCGUCACGCACCAUCCAUCCGAGAUGUGA